CUUGAGUAAAGGAAGGAAAAAUUUUCUCAUUUGUUUUCAAUCUAAUUUUCGUAUUUCAUUUUUCUAAUUAAUUAAUUUAAAUGUCAUUUAAAACGUUGAAUUCACUGCUCAAUGUCACUAGAAGAUAUAAUAUUCAUCAGGUUCAAAGAUGCUGCUUUUCACAUGGAAACAAUUUAAAUACCAUUGGUAAAAGUGUCAACUAUGGUAGAGACAUUUUCUUUGGGAAUAGUUUAAUACGUUCCUCUGGUUACCAUUGGAAUGGUUUUUCUUUGUCCAGAUCAUUGAUUAGUCCAAUGGUUGGAUUGUUUCAUAAUCAACAGAGUUAUCGUUUUAUCGCCACAGUAGAUAUUCAUGAUGAUAAGGAGGCUAAAGAAAAGAAAAGAAAAAUGGAGAGAACCGUUCGAUGGUCUAUGUGGGGGCUUCUUGCCUUUUUCUCGGGCUCCACGGUGAUGGCUCUCUAUGAAUGGGGAAAACCGGAGGUUGAUAAUGAUGGUAAUCCAAUUUUAGAUGAAUUCUCGGAUAAACCUUCAGUGAUACAAUACAUUUUGAGAACAAUUUACAAAGCUAAAAGAGAAUGGCAGGUUUACAAAGAUCCAUCUCGAGAUGUUCUACUUCCACCACCAUUGGAACAUCCAUAUAUUCAACCUAAAUAUACAUUAGUCUUAGAAUCGAAUGGUGUUCUUUUCCAUCCUGAAUGGACCUACAAAACGGGCUGGCGAUUCAAAAAGAGACCUUUCGUUGAUUAUUUUCUUAAUCAAGUUGGUCCACCAUUAUUUGAGGUUGUUGUGUUUACUUCGGAUUCAGGUUGGACAACCGCUGGAAUGAUUGAAAGUUUAGAUCCUAAAGCAAAUGUGAUGCAUUGGCUUUUCCGUGAUUCGACAAGAUAUGUUAAUGGUGUUCGUCUUAAGGAUUUAAAUGGACUUAAUCGUGAUCUGUCAAAAGUUAUCAUGAUUGAUUGGGAAAAAGAUGCCUGUUCAUUGAAUCCAGAGAAUUGUUUAAUUUUGAAUAAAUAUGAAGGUGAAGAUCCUGAUCGUACUCUUUUUGAAUUGGCUCUUUUCCUACGAACCAUUGCCAUCCAAGAUGUUAACGAUGUUAGGCCAAUAAUCCGACAUUAUCAACAGUUUGACGAUCCAUUGGAGGUGUUUAAAGAGAAUCAAAGAUUAGCACUGGAACAGGAAGAGGAAAAGAAACAAAAAGCUAAAAGUCAAUCAUUUGUCAGCACAUUUAAACGAAAGUAAAUUGUCAACAUCAAUUUAAAACUCUCACAAUUAAACAAAAUCUCCAACAUUUUGGUAAAAUCAAAGCAAAAGGAAAACAAUUGUAGUGAAGGAAAUUUUUUUCCCCAAUUGAUGACAAAUUGAAUAUAUUAACAAUUGGAAUUGGAGAAGAGGAAAAAAAUCUUAUAUCCAAUGAUGACUACAAUUUAAGGCGAAAACAAAAAAAAGGCUUAAUUGUUACCUGUAAUCAAUUAAUUUCAUAGUAUUUAUUUGGACACAUUAUUGUUUUUUUUUGUUGAUCUAAUUAAAGAUCAUCUUAAAUUGAACAAAGUUUAAUAUUCCUCCAAUGUGUCACCAAGAGAGAGAAAAAAAAAGACAAAAUAGAUAAAUAAUAUUAAAAUUUUUUCCAAAUCCUAAUUAAAA